AUGAUACGCUCGGCAGCGCGGCUCUCCCAAGCCGACCCCGGAGUGGCACCACACCUUCUUCGAACCAAGACUUUUGUUAAAAAGCUCGACAAGAACAACGAGGCCUACUACGUGCUGGCGAAGAAGGGGCUUGCCCACAAUUCUGAUCCAGCCAAGGAGUACGAAUUCUUUGAAAUGCCCAACUUACUGCUGGAUCUCGACGCAGAGGGCACACGACACGUGCGGCCUGCUGAGGACGCGGAUGAGAAGUUGAUGAUGGCCAGGUGGACAGAAGUGCCCAGACGAAAGGCAGCGAGGACCCGACUGAAGCUGUUUGAAGCACAAUUGUUCGAAUCUCGGAGGAAAGCACACGAAAUCAUUUCACAGCCCACCAAUAUUUGGCGCAUCACCGACCACGAUAUCGUCUCCGCUGCUCUUCAUGGAGGUUCCGGUCCCCAGAGGAAACCAGCUCGUGAAUCAAAGCCGGCAGACAUAAUAUCCGAGCGAAUCAACGUGCCAAAAUCACCGAGUAACUCAGAAAUCAUCAAAAGACUCCUCCUGGAAAACGGCAUACCUGGGCAUGCGGCCAACCAAGACCAACUUCUCCUUCACUGGAUGACCCGCCGCUACCACAGUCUGACGCGGGCAUCUCGAAAUCGCGAACCACCUGCUCCUUCACCAGCGCAGCUCACACGAGCCCUUAAAACCCAAACGACUAUUCUAGGCGUGCGCAGGCUUGUAUCUCAGGCCCUGUCGGCCGGAACUAGCGUAGACAGCUUCCGAAGUAAGACCAAGCCAGACCUAAAUCUGCCUCACCAAAUACGCUCUACGUGCUCCCGCAUCCUGGGUCAAGAUCCUCUCAAUCGCAAUCUGCGCCUCCAGGCACUCACAUUCCUCGGAAACCUCUCCGAGCGACUGCCAUCCCUGGGCUUACCACUAGGGCCCGUGUUGUGUGGUCUGGCCUUGAAGCUUUGCUCGGAAGUCGGCUCCCUGGAGGCGCUGUCAAGGUGGCUACAUCGCAUCCACAACACCAGCAUCAACAGCGAGUUGUCGACGGAGGAUGUAGUAUCAGCACUUACCGCUCUGCAGAGCAUCUCGGUUGACGAGCACGAUGCCAUGCUGCAGACUGUCGAGCAACGCCAGCUUCUUUUCCAACUUCUUACAGGCAUCGACGAAAAUAACACCAUAGCCAAGGAUGCUUUCAGGACAUUUUUUACGACGUUCCCCGAGGAGCAUGGCUCAAGCACGGCUAGACACGCAUACUCUGCAUACGUUACACUGCUGGGUAACCUCGGCGCAGCACGAACGCUGUGGAGGGAAUGGCGAGAGCUGCCCGAUUCUGUUUCAAAAGACGACCACGUCGUGCUCGGGUUUUGUAACGCGCUGAAACAGGCAACCCGCCUCAUGCCCGCCUCGGAUGGCGAACAUGCCCCAGAUCUCGGCCUUGCAGUCUGCGCCACGCUAGACUAUCACGCCAUGGAGAUGCAGGAUGCUGCUUCUUGGCGAGCACACGCCUCCGAUGACGUGGCCGGGCAGGAAAAUGUCAACAUUGAAGCUUGUCGGUCUAUUCUGAACCUGCCUCUCGCCGACUGUAUCAAGGAGUUCAGGACAUGGUAG